CAGUAUAUAUAUUUAUAUAUAUACAUAUAUAUUUCAUCUUCUCUACUGGAAAACGAGUGCUCAAACAUUGACUAUGCUUCAUAUUAUCAAAUAUGGAUUAAAAUUAGAUGAAAUUGUAACAUGAACUCUAGAAAUUUAUUAAAUAAAGAAAGUUACUGAAAAAUGAAUUCAUCUGUAUCACGUUGUACUGAGCCUUCACAAAUUCAAACGAAAUUAACAGAAGCAAAAGAACCAGAAAAUGCAUCAGUAAAUAAUUCACCAACAACACUACAAAGUAUACCUACAUCAUCAUCAUCGACAAUACAAGGAGCUGAUGAAGAAGUACGAAUAGUAUUUUUAGGUUCAGCUAAAGUUGGAAAGACAUCGAUUAUUCAGCGUUUUCUCCAUAAUCAUUUUGAAACAAAAUAUACACCGACCGUUGAAGAUAUUCACCUGAAAAAGUUCAUAGUGCGUAAUCACAUAGUGAAACUUGUUUUAAUGGAUACAGCUGGCAGUUAUGAUUUUCCAGCGAUGUUGCGGUUAUGCAUAAGUAAAGCUAAUGCAUUUGUCAUUGUAUUUGCUCAUGAUAGCCUUGAUUCACUUGUACAAGCUGGUCAACUGUUAUCACAAAUUAAAUCUCAACGUAAAGAUUAUGUCUCUUUUACAUCAAAUGUAUCACAUGAACAAAGUGAUGAUUCGGUACUUGGCAUGAAUACACCAUCUCCACCAAUUACCGUUGUUUGCAAUAAAUCUGAUUUACCAAACUCAUGUUCACAAAUCAGUGAAGAGGCUAUAAUGGAAUGGUUACUGACAAAUGGUUUAAAGCCAUCACAGUUUGUAUAUGUUAGUGCUAAAACAAAUGACUCAAUUAUGUCUAUAUUUGCAUCACUAUGGUCACAAAAUGAAGUGAGUAAGGCAAUUACAUUGGUUAAAUGGGAUGGUGCCAGACGAGCUAGUCUGAGUAAUACCCAACAAGCUGGAUUAGUUACUAGUACUAGCGGUAAUAUAGCAAGCAGCACAUCAGGAAAUAUGUCAGCAUCUAGAAUGAAAGAAACAGAUUUUUCUGCGCUUACCGGCACCGUACCCGUUACAAGUAACAGUGCUUCUUCGAAUGACAGUAACAUCAAUCCUAUUACUCAUAGUCAUGAAUUAUCUGACACCAGUAUAACUGAGCAAAAGCAUUCCAAAUCUCGUCAAGGAAUCUUUCGUAGUAGUCUGCGUUUAAGUAGAAGAUCUAGCGGAAAGACAAGUAAAUGUAAACCUGAUAUAGUCCAUUUAGAUUGUGUAUUAUCUUAAUAGCAAUUUAAGUGUUGAUUUUUUUUUCAACGCAUACACAAUUAAUAUCUUUAUUGACACUUCGUAUUCAAAACAAACGUCAAAAUUGAGAAAAUAAAGAUAUUUCCUUAUUAACAUGAACUAUACUUAAAGAUUCUUUCUAUCCUGCAUUCCAUACACAAAUUAUCAUUUAUUCUUUAUUGUCAAUGUAAACUGUCGAUAAAAAUAAACAUAUUGUGUCCUGGAAAUAUGUUGUCUGUAUUAGUACUUCUAUUUCU